CAUUAAAGUGUAAUUGAAAUAUAUAAUUUUGAUAAUAAUAUAGUCUGUUUUGGAAGUCAAAUGUCAAAUAUAUAGAAGAAAAAAAAAAAAGAUAACAAUCUUUAAGCCUAACUCUAAUUCGUUCAAGUAUCUUGGCCUUUAUUGUUGUAAUCUCUACGUGCAGUUAGACAGCGAAGUGAUUUGUGAAAUACGUCAUGGCAUCGGCUGGGGAUGGAAAGAUUGUUCAGAGAGGAAGCAAGUUCAAGAAAAAACAUUUCAAGCCUAAAUACCAGAAGACAAAAAUAUUUCGAGCUAAUGAACCAAUUUUAAGUGUUUUGAUGUGGGGUGUUAACCAUUCUAUUCUGGAGUUGAACCAUGUCAGUAUCCCUGUCAUGCUGAUGCCAGAAGACUUUAAGGCUUUCAGCAAAAUCAAAGUGGACAAUCAUCACUUUAACAAGGAAACUCUUCCUAGCCAUUUUGUUGUAAAAGAAUAUUGUCCUCUGGUGUUUAGAAAUUUGAGAGAAAGAUUUGGAAUUAGUGACGAAGAAUAUGUGGUAUGUUUAAUGACUCAGUCAAUUGGUGUCACAACUUAUGAAAAUAAUCAACUAAUCGAACUUAUGUACAUUGUCGAACGACAUGGGAAGACACUCCUACCUCAGUUUGUAGCAAUGUACAGGUUGACGGUUGAAGGAGCUGAGACCUAUUUGGCAGUUAUGAGGAACAUCUUCAGUAGUUCCUUGAAGAUUCAUCACAAGUAUGACCUACAGAGCAAACACACUACUUCCCUGAAGGACAGUGACAUCCUGAAAGAUGGAAAAACCAUCCACAUCGGUCCAGAAGCUAAAGAAAGGUUCUUGGAAAGUCUCAGUGCUGAUAUUGAGUUCCUGAAAAAGAAUAACUUAACAGACUACUCACUCUGUUUGGGAAUACAUGACUGUAAAAAGGCAGAAGAUGAGGUUGCAGAACAAGAAAAAAUGGAGGCUGAUGGAAGUGGAGUAGAAAAUGGGGUCCUUCCUACAGAUGACGACGAGGACUCUGCCGGAAGUGGUUUAGGGCAGGUUGUCCCUACCCCUCCGGAUUCUCCCAGAACAGGAGAGCUAAGAGAAGUAAAUAAUGGCAGCAGGUUUAUUACAAAGAGAGACAUCUAUGCAAUCAGCAGUUAUGAAAAGGCACCAAACCCAGAGAUAUAUUUUAUGGGGCUCGUGGAUGUGCUCACUCACUGUGGAACCAAGAGGAAGUCGACAAAGGCCGGCAAGCAUACGGCUGCUUCGGAAGUUUCUACCGUACAGUUGGAACAGUAUGCUCAGGGCUUGAUAGAGGUUUUAAAUAGAAUUCUGGAGUAGUUAUUUUGUGUCCUGUUGCACUGUGAGUUGAUAUUUUAUUAACUUCAAUAUGUUGGGGUACAAACAUGUGUAGGUAGGGGUCACUUAAUUCUAACUUCUCUUAGGACUUACGUUAUUUACAGUCACAUUGUUGUCAGUUUUCAAAUUAUUGUAUAGUUACAGGGGCAGCAUUAGUCAAUGUGUGGUUCCAUGUAAAGUUUUAUUCUGGGGCCCAUAGUAGAACUUGAAAUUUCUCUUACUUUUUUGUAAAAUGGCAUUUGCAUCUCUAGCACCUCCCUUCAUAGUUAUGUUUUCAUGAAAAACACACAUUGUUAGAUUCCUGUCCACGUUUGUAACAAGGAUUCAUGAAUAUAGCACUUUUAAAUUGUUCAGUGUAUUAUACAAAUAUUUGCAUCUUGUUCUUAGCUCUUAUAUUGAUAUAAACCUUAUCGUUAAACAUGUACUAGACCUUAAGUCUCAUCUAACCUCUAGGAUAACAGAUUUAAUAUUUUAGAGAAAUCUAAAAAUCAGUAUUACAUGUUCCAAACUGUUUACAGACAUUACUUUUUCUUAUGUUGUACAGUGUUUAGCUUAAUGGUUACUUUUCACAGCUUUAGAAGUGUUAUUAAGAAAAAUGUGUAAUUUUAGUGUAAACAUCAUUGAUAUUCUGAAUAUAAAAUAAUACAACUACUAUGUACCAGUCAGUUGACAAACAAUAGAGCUUGUUACACGUUACGUUGAAUUAAUGUUAUAUACGGUGAGACCUCGGCUGUGAAGUGGCUAAACUUAAGGUUGCAUGUUGUACUAGGUGCCGAGUCGGAUCAUUCCCCUAAAGUGGCAGUUCUGGCUACAUUUUUUAUUGACAGGGGGGGCUAAAGAGACAUAUAAUGGAUGGUAUUAUCUUGACAUUUCUAAAGUGCUGACCCUGCUUGAUGGGUGUCUAUGGCAGGAAUUCUCAAAGAAGAUCAUUUGAAUUGAGUUACAAUCAGGUUCAUUAAAAAAAAUUGACAUUAGUUUACAUAUUCACCAGAGUUUUGUCUUAAAAGUUUCACUGAAAACUACAUAACAAUAAACUUGUAGCAAUGGUAAACAAAACUCUAUCAGGCUAUGAGUGAGUAAGGAACUUCCAGUAUUGUAUCUUGGUAUUCUCUCUUCAUUCCCUAGAGUUAUUCUGGAUACUUUUUGAAAGCCAUGGUGAUUAAAGUAAUAAUUGAAAGAUAGUUGGCUCAUAUAGUUGUAAUUUUAUACACAUAGGAUUAUACACAUAGGAUUUGAUCUCUUGGGCAUGAUGUCUGUUAAACUGUGAAUGAAAAUAAAAA